AUGGGCGUCCCCAGGUCCGCGGUGCUCCUGCCGCUGCUGCUCCUCCUCCUGCUGAUGCCAACUGAGUGCCAGGAUGACCAACAGACAGAGGAGUUGGAAGACGAGUCGCUGGCCCGCUUGGGCCUGUUGAAACAGCGGGACGCGAUAGACAACUGGGCAGAUUUUGCGGCCGCCACAAACAUCCGCGGGUGGGACCAGGCCACUCCCAUCUGCAGCUGGACGGGCGUGUUCUGCAUCAGCACGUCCACAGUUGAUGGCUUCUCAGUAUCGCUGGCUUGCGACAAGGAGAUGUCGGGAGCCAGCCUGUGCGCUCCCACGCCGGCCACCGGCACCCUUAUCCUUGACGUCCCUUGA